UAACCAUGUCUGCUCUCCGUUCUCUCUGCCAAGUUUCUCGCAUUGCCUCGCGGUCCCGCAUCGUAUCUGGCAUGCGGGUCUCUGCAUUGGCUGCUCCUCGGGCAGCAGUGACGGUGACACCACCGGUGAGGGCGUUCUCAGGUUCUGCCAGACGGCUGGGUAGUGGAGCGUCGGACAUCCCCCUCUCACAAAAACUGCAAGAGGAGCUGCAGUAUGAGAAGGAGGCCAGGACCAACGAAGCAUCAUCACCCGAGUUCCUGCGGAACUUCUUGGAGCAGGGCGUAUGGUCUAUCGAAGAUAUUCCCGGUCACGACGAGGUUGCGCUGACACGCAAGUUUGGCGAUGAAAACAUCCGUAUUAUAUUUUCCAUUGCCGACAUUCAGGCUGACACCGAGUUCGAGCCUGAAAAUGAAGAUGCUGGCGACGAGGCUGAUGAGAGUCCCAAUCCUUCCAAUCCUGUUCGUGCCGCUCUUACUAUUACCAAGACCAGUGGUCCUGGGGCGUUGAGUGUCGACAUGGUCUGCCAGGAUUCACACUUUUUGAUUGAGAACAUCUCGUUCUACGAAGAUGCUAAGCUCAGUCAAGAACUCACCGCCGAAGCUGACUGGAAGCGCCGUGGUUUGUACAUUGGUCCUGCAUUCGAGACCCUUGACGUUGGUGUCCAGGAUGAAUUUGACAAGUACCUGCAAGAGCGUGGCAUCAAUGAAAACGUCGCCGCCUUCAUUCCCGACUAUGCCGCACACAAGGAACAACAGGAAUAUGUCAAGUGGCUUAACAAGGUUAAGCGCUUUGUUGAUCUUUGAGGGAAUGACCAGAAGAAUGGCUUACAUCCCCAUUGAUUGAGCCGUUUUCAAAACUCGACAUUAGGAGCAGUUAAUUCUGCUACUAUCUAUUAUUAUAGACUUACAUCGUACUGAUUGGUUCCUUCGGCCACCUCUACUCAUAAUUCAACUUUGCUCGGAUUCGUGCAUCAUAAACUUGGAUUCAACGUCGCGUUCUACCAAAGCCUAUAAUCAUUGCAUAUAUAUUUCUCUCUUGCAUCUCUC